UCGGGGAAAAAAAAAUUAAAAAUUUAGAACCCUAAUUCGUGUUUUUCCUCCUGCGAUUAGUUUCUUCCCACUCCGUUCUCUAUUUGGAUGGAUUCUCUGCUAGCAAAUUACGCCUCCUCAGAUGACGAAGAACCGUCGCCGGUUCAACGGCGAAUAGUACCGGCGAGAACAGUCAAUUCGGUAUCCGAAGCCGGAAAAGACGGAGAUUUUCUGGCGAAUCCCACCUCGAAACAUGGCGGAAUCUUCAAUUCUCUCCCGCCGCCUAAAUCAUCUCUCUUCAAUUCACUCCCUCCGCCGAAACCUCAAUCAGGUUUUGCAAAAAACAGAGAUUUUGAUGAACAGAUUGUGGAAAAAUCUAAGCCCAAACCCUCGUCUUCUUCCUCCCUAUUCACUUCUCUUCCUCCGCCCAAACCAUCGUCAUCAUCCUCAAAGAAGGUUGUUCAAUUUAGGCCUCCGACGAUUACGAACCCGAAUUCCAGUAAAUUCGACGACGAAGACGAAGAUGCCGAUGAGGGUGAACUAGAAAGACAAAGGAAGAGGGCAAAAGAGUCAAUUUCCACCGCUUCUCCAGCUUCGUUCUUGUCAAGUAUUCCGGCACCCAGGCACACCGCUACUCUGGGCACUAUGUCUUCUGCUUCGGGCACAAACAGGAGGUCGAUAAUCGAAACUGAAGCUCCAUCCUCUAAUGCUAAUAAAACCGGUACAAUGAAAAACAAUACUGAUACCAUCGUGAACAACUCUAACGCGAAAUACUUGAAGGAGGAGGAGGAUCCGACCAAUGAGAUAACAAAUGGUGGCGCAGUGGACUAUACUGCAGGAUCAUCCUACGAUUAUUCAUAUGGUGACGGUCAAUAUGUAGAUUACACAAAUUCUGGUGGCAGUUAUGGUAAUUAUGGUGAUCAUGGUCAAUAUGAGAAUAAUUGGGCCAAUUCGAUUCCGUUGCCUGAGGUUUCGGCAGUGGCUGAAGAAGCACUGCGAGUGCCUGGAAGGAGAGGGAGGAAAGAUACUCCAUUGCAGAUAAUUGAGGUUAAGCAAGAUGAGCUGAUGAAAAAUCGACCGAGGCAGGACCAGGUUAAAUCGACUGGGAUUGCAUUUGGCCCUCAAUAUGAGCCGACUUCUACAAAGGGUAAGCCCACAAAGUUGCAUAAGAGGAAGCAUCAAAUAGGCUCUUUGCUUUUCGAUAUGAGACAGAAAGAGACGGAGCUUGCCGAGAGACGUUCUAAAGGUUUUCUUACCAAAGCUCAGACACAAGCAAAAUACGGGUGGUGAAGUCGUAUUAAUAUUUUGUGCUUUGAAAUUGGAAUACGUGUUGAUCGAUUUUCGUUUGUUGGAUCGUAAAUGAACUGAAAAUGUAUCUUGUUGUUGCAAUGAUUAUAUAAAUUGUGAAGCUUUGAUUUAUGAUUUAUUUCAGGCUAAUUGUAUUAUUACUUGUUUGAUAACAAUUGACAACAAGAAAGUUGGCAUGUGUUUGAUUUAGC